GGGAAAUUCGGAAAGCCGAGACUAGUACAAGUAGUAUCAAUGAUCAUCUUUUUCAUAUUCACAGAAUAGGCCUACCUACAUGUAGGCUAAAAAAUCAUAUCCUGAUUUCAGUGAUCAAGCAUCAGACAACUCCAUUAUCCACAAUGUCUGAUGAAGAAUAUGCGUAUGACGAUUUGGACAGCCUGACAGCUCUUCUGGAUGAAGAGGAGGAGUCCAACCCUUACACUUUGUUGUCCUCAUUGUCUGGCAUCAGAAAGCUGACACCAUCAAUGGAAUAUUCAACCCAAAAUGGACUGAGUCAAAUUUCAUCCGGCAGUUCACACGACACCAAGAGGCCAUCCCCGAGUCAGAAGACAUUUUCACGGGGCUCACAGAGGUCAUGUCGGGGACAGGGGUCAUCAUCAACACAGGGCCAGGGGUCAUCCAGUGGCGAGAACAAAGAAACAGAUGAAAGCAAGAGCAAGGAGCAAUUGAUGGAUGAAUUAAAACAACUGAGGGAACAGAUGAAGUUACUGCAGUCGCAGCAAAGCUCUGGAGAUGUCAGCCAGACAGACCAACCCAAGGAGACCUUUUCUGAAGCCAUCACCGUCCCGGUCGAGGUCAAGCGAGUCACUAAAAAGAAGACGGCAGCUGCAGACAGCAAAGCCUUGGGAGAGACAAGGCAAUACAGCACAGAGGAGAUUGGGUCUAUGGCAGGUUUUACUGACACUCCAACGCUGAGCAACCCUGGUGACUGGGAGGAUUGGGAUGAAGAGGAGAGAUCGACAACGGAGCAAAAGAGCACCCUCUUUGGAAAAAGUAGCAAGAGAGUCGCCCACACACCAAAGAACACCACCAGCAAACCGGAUAAAGUGAGCCCUUACAAAUGUGAGCUGUGCCACGAGCUCUUAGACACGCGGACAGCUCUGGACGUGCACAUGUUCAAGCAUCGCAAAGAGUCGCCCCACAACUGCAAUGUUUGCGGGAUGUCCUACCACAGCAAGCUGAAGCUGGAGGCCCACGGCCGCACCCACAAGUCAUCUGCCACGCCCACUUCAUCAUCUUCAGUAUCCUUGGGCAAACUUACCAGCGCAGCCCAAGGCAGAAGGGGAAAUGGCAUCGGAGGCAGGGGGCCGGUCACAGGGACUGCAAAGAAAGAAGACGGGCAUGUGGAGACUAAUAGAUACUCGCAAAUCCGAAUUCUGAAUCCUCUGGUGUCUUCCGCCAGGCUGGAUGCCAUGAUGGAGGGGCGUAAGAUGCUCCGCCUCUCCAUCCUCCAGAAGUACCUGGACACUGGGCCAAAUAAGGGUGACUGGGUCACCAUGGGGGUCAUCGUGUCCAAGCUGCCCCCCAAGACCAGCAGCAAGGGGAAAACCUUUAGCAUUUGGAAGUUGUCCGACCUGAGCGUCUGCGAUCAGACAAUCACCAUCUUCUUGUUCAGUAAAGCCCACGACAAUCACUGGAAGACAGUCCAGGGAUCUGUCAUUGGCCUCCUCAACGCGUCCAUCAUGCCUCCCAAGGACAAUGGCCAGGACGAGGGUGUGUCACUGAGCAUUGACCAUCCAGACAAGCUGCUCCUUCUUGGGACAUCCAAAGACUUUGGUCACUGCCGCGGUAAACGGAAGGACGGCAAGCCCUGCUCUAUGGUCGUCAACAUGGCUGUGAGUGAGUUUUGCCAGUAUCACGUCCAGUCGGAAUAUAAGAAGCACAGUGCAAAGAGAAGUGAUCUACAGUCAUCAUAUGGUGGGGUUCAGCCAAAAGCCUUCAAGAAAAAACUUGGAACAAACAUCAUCUAUGGUGGACAGACUUACAAUCCUGUCAGUGCCUCUGUUGUCAAGAGUGGUUCAACGUCCAGCUCCAGAGGCAAGAAGGACACCAAGGUGACCCUGCAGAACUUGGGGGUCAAGGGAGCCAAGGAGAUUGAGCAGGAGGCUCGAGAGAGCAUCCUGACACUGCACGGACACCAGAACAGCGAGGACACACUGGUCAAAAUGUCUGGGGCUAACCCACAAUUCAAAGAAAUGUUGAGUGUGCCAUCCUUAGGAUCUCAGAACCUCAUUCGUCACAUGGUCAAAGUUGAAGAAGUGAGCAAGCCAAUCACCACCAUCUCUGCAAAGGAUCUCUUGAAGCAGCAUCAAGACGACAUGCGUGCCCGCCAAGCGUCUCGAUCAUUAGGCCAUAAAAGCCUGUCAUCGUCGACUCUCUCAAAACCUUGUCUGGUUGAAAGCAACAAAAGACCCACCAGCAGGAAUAGUAGCCAGAAACUCAACACUGAACACAAGGGCCAAUUCUCCCCAAGUGACACAGAGAACAAGGCUCCUGUCCUCGGACGUGGUUUUAAUGAGGACGAUGACAUCGUCUUUGAGGCCGAUAGUCCUCAGAAUAAAAACGUUUUUGUCAGAAGUGCACCUCCACUGCAAAACUUUGGAAAAAGUCGCAGUGCGAUAGAAGCUAGAAGGAAUGCAAUAGCUCACGUCCGAUCCAAGGGACAGAUUGAGAAGGCAGACCCCAACCAGGUUGGAGGGAGGAAAAAGGGAUCCUUGUCACCACGGAAGCAGAAGGCAGUGAAGAGGAGGGUGGAGGAAGACCUGAAUCGGUCACUGGAAGACCCCAGCAAUGCAGAGUCUGCUGGGCAACCAGCGAAAAAACAGAAGAGGUCGUUCUUGGGUCAAGAGGUCAACCUGAGCCAAGAUGAGCUAAAGGCAAUUGUUGGCGCCAAAUCUAAACACUCAGGGCUGCUUGCUGAGGUACAAGCAGAAAUGGAAGAGCAGUAUUUCCAGCAGCUGGAGAAGAAGGAACGUCUGGAGAACAUGAUGGACUCAAUCAGGGAGAAAAAAUGUAAAGUGGUGUCCUGCAAGAAGUGUGAUUACACCUGGUUCACACCCUCGUCAUUGUGCGCCUCCGAAAGCCACCCCCUGACGAGACAUGAAGCGACUCUCCGGUACUUCAAGUGCAAAGACUGCAGCAACAGAACCAUCACAUUCAACAGAAUACCCAACAAGUCAUGCAGGAUUUGUGGUUGCACAAGUUACGAAAGAGCUUCCAUGCUCAAGGAGCGGAAAGGUCCCGUCCUUGACAGUGAAAGACUACUCAUCAGAGGAGAGGAACAAAAAUGGGUCAUGUGAUCACGAGAGGUACCUAGGAUUAGACUAACCCCUCGGCCAUGUGUUCCCCCGUCUCUAACACCAUGCCAAAUCUCACCACUCCCUUGUUCAUUCCGCCACCAUGUAGCAAAUUUCACAUUUCAAUAGCAGUAUUGCAAGUCUACAGAAGAACAGAAUUUUCAUUCAAAGUUGAAAAUUGUAAACGAUGCAAUGGCACAGAGUUGGUCAUUUUUUAGGAAUACCCAAAGGGUUUUAAAAAGUGUUUCAGGUUUUCAGCAGUAUGUUAGGGCACUAUUUUCAGGUUCACCUGAGGGUAGGUCAGAAAGAAAGUUACAUCAGUUGCCAUUGCUUGGUAUUCUGUGUGAUAUACUGGUCAGUUUGGGCCACUGUUCACUUGUUUUCACUAACCGCCAUGUUCUUGGCUUGAAUUUCAUCAUCCAGUUUUUCAUCUGUUGAGUGCACGUUUCCAACUGCUACAUAUCUGUAAGGCAUCUGUUUUCUGACACUUGAAUGUCAGUUUCUGACUACUCAACUAAUAAAGAUAUACACUGUACGUUGUGUAAUAAAACAUGAAUUAUAUUGGUCUCAAUUUAUAUCAGGUGAAAGUUCCAAAUUUUCAAGCCUGCAGCCAGAUGCUGACAUGCUAUGUCUGGUAACAUAUUUCCUAAGAAAUACCAUCAAAUACUUGGCCGUAAAUGUUUACACACACAAAAAAAGUAGAAAUUGAUCAUACGUCUACCUUUUUUAAAAUACGUGGCCAAACCUUUAACAAUUUGGCCAUCACUAUGGUUACGCUAAGGGCAGACAAUGGCAUAAUGUAGUGUUUGCCCAAUCUCUGUUAGCCUUUUUUCCUCUCAUUUCUUGAAGUACAUGUACUUCCCUGGAUAUUGUCCAGAAAAAAAAAGGAAAUUUGAUUCUAAGUCUGCUCCUUCGUGUAAUUGCCACUCGAUAAUGUGCUCACGGCAGAAACAUGCACUCUGCAAGACACAUGAUAUAUUUUCAUGGUCAAUCUUUGCAGCGUGGCCGCAUCUUAAGAACAGAUAUCCCAGGAGAGAAAAAAAUCUAAUACAAGAAGCUUAUUACGGCCUGAGCUUAUUCGUCCUGGAGCUACAGUGAUGAAUCAACCAAUAAAACGUCUGUGGAGAGUAGCUCUUACGCAGUUGGCAUAUGAAAAUGAGCUUCUUUUUUUUUCUCUCUCAAUGUUUCUGUUGAAAUGAAUAUUGGACACGGACGUCAAUAGGCCUUUGGCAUGCUACAUCUUCAUUUUACUUUUUUUUACACUGUCUGUCUUAUAUAAAUAGGCAUAAGUUCAUGCAACAAAUCUCUUAUGCUUUAGUAUGUUAAGUCAGCAAGCCCAAACAGUAUAAACACAUGGACAACUUUUGUGGAAAAUUCCUUGUGGGUAAUUCAGUUAUUCUUUUCUUUUUUGGUGGUGGUGUGGUUUGCCCUUUUUUUUUUAAACAAAUUACAUGUUAAUGCAUAUUUCAUUGUGAGUACAAUAUGGAAUCAUCGUUCUGUAAGUUAACUUUAAUGUGUUAUUUUUCUAAGAUGAACAAAACUGAACAAAUAAAGUUUGUGAAAAAUAAUGAACAACUGAAUGUUUUCCUUUAACUUCUGCAACUUCCACCUAUACCCCCCCCACCAAGAAAAGGCUUUUCAAACAGUCAAGUUUCAUGAGCAUCAGAUCGAUUAGCUUUCAGCAUGUAUGCAAGGAUUUCUAUGUUUCUGUAGAGGUUGAUUUAUAGGGACUUAAAAGGUGAAAACCUGGAGAGGCAUGGUUGCAGGUGUUUUCUUAUGUAUCUGGCAUGCACCAAACACUGACUUGAAUCAAGUCCAUCUUUACGUGUGACUGCAUGUGCCUGGCAAUGUGUAACUACUGUACUGUGCACCUUUUUCUUUAGGAUAUUAUCUCAAGAGUCAGUGCAUGACUUCAGUACCUCGAAAAUGUCAACAUUUGAAGAAAAACCUUUCCAUGAGUAAUUUCAUUUUCCCCCUCGAUUCUACCCUGGCCUUUCCAUCUGUUUUUCUGGCCAGUGUGAAUUUCACAGUGUAUUAAAUCUUCCUCGAACAUACCUUUGAUUCACUGCCUCGAAAUUCAAUUGCACACAAAUGUCAGUGCGAUGUCUGGAAAGAUCGAGAUUUUAAAUGGAACAGGAAAUCUGCGGUUGGUGCAUACUGUGACAAACCAAGGGAAUAAUCUAGUUUUAUCACUCUUGCAUUAAAAAGGACUUUUUCAUAUAACUGGCAGUACCCUGCAGGGAAAGUUAUGCUCAUUUGAGUUUCACAGCCAGUGCAAAGAUUCCUUGAAUAGAGUGGUAACCUUUUUGCACGGCGACUAACGUCAUAUGAAUUACAGCAACGACUUGAGGGAGCCAGAUAGCCAUGGUGGCAGAGUGGAGACAAGCCUCGCCCUUCCCCCAGCUCAUAGUUCCAUGGCAACGAAAGCAUUGGGUCAUGCUUCCUGCCUUGACUGAGACAAUUGCCAGUAGUACAUCAAUAUGAAAUCAAGAAAUUUUCAGUGUUCAAUAUUUAACAGGAUUUUUUUAAGCAGCUGUGGAGAUGAACUCAAUGCAAAGCACUCUGAACAUUAAUUUAUUUCCAUUAAAAGACUUAUUUAAAUGAGAAAUGUUCCACUCAUCUUAAUUUCUUAACUGUGACAAACAACAUUUUAAGUUUGUCACAUUUUCAUUUUGCUUGCUUUAGUCUAUUUUGUUUAAAAAACUGAAUUGAUGAGAAAAAUGCUCUCCAAAGCAUAUUUCUGUGCUCCUUCCUUUUCUGGAAUUCUUUAUUUCUUUUUCCUAAAAUUUUUAACCAGUUUCCAUAAAUUAAGAAAAGUUUAAUGUUCUUUGCACUGUUAUGCUUUUUCUGUUGAGCCUCAUAGAAAACAAAAUCAACUCUACUGCCUCUAACCAUAUGCAGAAAAGAUUUUUUCCUCCAAACCUUAGAGAGCAAAAUCGGCUCUCUGAAAAGCCCAAAUUCCCAGCUUUUUGGGACUCUUACCAAAAAAUGUGUAAAUGGCUAUAGAGGUUUUGCAUGGUCACAGUCUUGCAGGGUAAGUUCGUUAUUCCACAAGGAAACCUCCUUUGUGCAUACGCCGUGAAAAAAAAAACACUGACCUGCAAGAUGGCAGCCAUGCAAGCCCUCUAUUUUUGGUGCACCUCUUUCUUGGUCUUGCUCUCAAGUAUUCAAAAUGGACACACUUUGAACAACUGCAGAUAUUUGUUAGUAAAUUUGAACCAAAGGCAACACAAACAAAUUACUUAGCCUUUUGAUGAAAAGUAAUAUGUAGUAUUUGUUGCACAGAUGUAAAUACAAUCUGUAAUGAUGAAUCUGGUUACCAUGGUGACACCAUCGCUAGUAAGCCUUGUGAUAAGCAUUGUAUGGAGUCACUGCUUCAUGGUAGUUGCUCCACACAAAACAGAGCACAGUGCUAUCUGCUAUAAAAGGGGGUGAAAAGAUUCAACUACAAUAUACAUGUAGGAUUAAUCAAUUAAAAUUUUGUGUGAACGUUUCAAACAAACAGCUUGCCCACAUGGUGACAUUAAAGUUAAUAAAACCUUUUGUAAUAAAGUGAUUUUGUAUAGCAUUAAUGCUUUUUAAAAUGAAAUUUGGACCUUGUGUUCAAAAAUUUGAUCUCCUGUUAUUUGCUGCCCAGAUUUUGGUGAGAAUACAUUCAAAUAUUUUCGAUGGACCCCAGACCAACGUAUGCUGAAGAUUAUAAACAGCGCAUUAUCGAAGCCCGUUAUCAGCCAUUUUAACAAAUCUGGUGGUUGUAGAGCAGUAAAACAAAAAAAAUUCGACACAAAAGAGACUGCUCAAAUUAAAGUGAACAUAUUCAUGGUUUUCUCCCCAAGUUCGAUACAAGUUAGAUUCAAACCUUUACCUAGUAGUCUCUCACUGUUUUAAUUCUGGAUUGGGUAUACAUUUAGACACGUUUUGUAGAAAUGUUUGUCUUAUCCCUUCUACAAAUGUAAAUUACAUAUAUAGAAACAACAUUUACUCAUGGCAAAGUCCCAAUAUCUGAAGUUAAUCCUUGUUUGCGUAACAGUAACUUAUAGUGUUGGUCAAUACUCCCCAAUCUCAAGUCCUUGUUACCUAAGAACUCUAGAGCAUAUCCUGUCAUUUUUUUUAUUUUUUAUUUUUUCAUCAGAGGAUAUUGCUACUUCCAAUAUUAACGAUCAACAUGAUUACGUCCAUUACCAUGAAGGCUUUUGUGUAAUUGGACCAAUGCGCCUAUUCCGCACUAUGCAGAUGCAUUUAUCUUGGUGCCAACUGAAGUGCAUGUAUGACGACAUCACUGCUGUAUCAUUGCUCCCUUGAGCCAUUUGCUGUAUCAUGAAUUGUGUCUCAUUCCAACUAACUGUUCUGGGGCAAAUUGACUGCCGAGAACAUAACCUGAGGAAACAACAGAUCAAACAGUCUGAAUUAUUAACCAGCUGUUUUCUUUUCAGAACCACACAAAUUAAAAUAA